CUCGAUUUUUAUUUCUUCCUCCAUUGUCUUCAAAGCUUCACCCUUCCACGUCGGUCGAUGGGCUGGUCAAGAUGCGCAAUACACUUAUCUUCGCAGGUAAUUCCUGCCCGGUCCUCACAGGCCAAAUCUGCGAGAACCUGGGCAUGCAUCCUGCCAGUGCUGAGCUUACCCAGUUCUCUAAUGUGAGCUUCCCUUGCCCUCGUGCUCGUAGCCAUGGUUAUCCAACAUGACCGUUCUUUGCCCAACCAUCACGAUCACUCCCUUGCAGGCCCAUGUUUGGCAGUCAAACAAGCUGCGUGCUUUGAGCUAACCAGUGCCCAAGGGUGAAACGAGCGUCAGAAUUCUGACAAGCGUCCGAGAGAAGGACGUCUUCGUUGUCCAAUCAGGCAGCCCCAGUAUCAAUGACUCCAUCAUGGAGCUUCUCAUCAUGAUCUCGGCCUGCAAAGGCGGUUCUGCUAACAAAGUCACUGCCGUUCUUCCUUAUUUCCCCUACAGCCGCCAGUCAAAGAAGAAGUCGCAUAGAGGUGCGAUUACUGCUCGCAUGCUUGCCAACUUGUUGGGUGUCGCUGGCGUUAAGCACGUUAUCACUGUUGACCUUCAUGCCUCGCAGAUGCAGGGCUUCUUCAAGUGUCCCGUUGACAACCUGCACGCAGAGCCUAUCCUUGCGAAGUGGAUCCGCCACAACGUGUCUAACUGGCGCGAAGCGGUCGUGGUCUCCAAGAACGCUGGAGGAACCAAGCGGGUGACAUCGCUUGCGGAUGCUCUCAAGCUCAAUUUCGGCAUUGUUACUACAGACAGGAGGCGUGUGAGUAACAUGACAGCGAGCAUGAUCAUGAGGCACUUCGAUCAUAAUGUUGAGCGUCAACCCACGCCGUUGGAGUCCAACCGACCCAUUCCCUACCGUGGACCCCCGGCUUCCGAGCGUGCUGUCGAGUCCGAGGCUACCCCUAAGAGGCAGACACCCCCCCCUCGCUCCUCGCGAAUUGUGACGAACUCACAGGGCUCUCCUACACGGGUUAGCAGCUCUGCCCGUUCAGUGACUCCCAACGCUGCCGAGGCUGCAGACCCCAACACUACCCCCCCUGCUGGAUCACCGGAUGGCGAGGCCGAUGGCGAGGCGGAUUAUGAUGACCAUAAAGCGUCUGAAGUUACACAGGGCCGUUUGGUCCAAGGUCGUAUUGUCGAGGAUGAUUAUCCGUCUCCUGAUCGAUCUGUCGUUGACGGCAGUGUGGAAGAUGAUCCCAUGACCAUGUCUCAUGCUUCAUCAUUCUUCGUUCCUGAGCCUCAAUCUCUCGGCGGAUCUGGCGACGCUGCAGCGAGCUCAGACGAGGAGGACAACGCAUUCGAGGAUCCAGGCGCCGAACACCUUAUCACUCUAGUUGGAAACGUCAAGAAUCGAACCGUUUUCAUCGUGGAUGAUAUGAUUGACAAGGCUGGCUCUUGGAUUGCUGCAGCUGAGACGGUGGUCAAGAAGGGCGGAGCCAAGAAGGUUUACUGCAUGGCCACUCAUGGUGUUUUUGGUGGCGACAGUCUGGAGCAACUGCAAGCGUGCGAGUGCAUCGACCAGAUUGUUGUAACCAACAGCUUUCCAAUCGAUAAGGACAGGGCACGCAGCAUCAGCAAGCUCGUGGUUCUUGACCUCUCGUUCCUACUGGCGGAGGCCAUUCGACGUAACCACUAUGGCGAGGCUCUUUCGCCUCUCUUCCAACAUUAUGGUGAUUAGAUAGGACUGCAUCGCAAUGCUUCCAAUCUCACACAAUCACCCAUUGCUACGCAAUCGCGCCUAGCCUGUCCUGGCAGCUAAGUGCUUACCGACACUACUAUUUGUGUUUUGAUGACUUCUAUUUAUUUUUAGCGAGGCGUCUGGGGAAAGGACAUAUUGGUACCCUAUGCUGGACCAAUGAAUCUGAGGAUGAAAAUUCCGACAAAAAAGCAGAGUAGGUGAUGAAUUAUGAUAUUUGUUCCUGGUCUUUUGGUUUAGGUUCGUGAUGUGAUAUGAUGUCAUGUGAUAGAGCCCUCGCCUGUCGAAGCUCAGUUAUAUGUAACCCAGCGGUGCUGUCACUUGUUGACAGCAGGGGCCUGAUUCAUCCCAGAAUGGGUCCUUAACGGAACGUUGGUAGAAUAAUCUCUCGGCCUUAGAAGGCCUGCAACUUAGAACCAGUCAAGGAUUCGUGUCUCUUCGGGGACAAAUGAGUUGUGGGCAAGAGAAAUUUCCGAACAUUAUUUAAUAGGAUGCCCUUGAUAGCAGUUUGUAUUGAAUAUUGCUGUUCAAGUCACCAGAUCCACCUUAUCUAUAGCUAAGAAUCCUGUUUAAUACAGUUCAUACAUAGUAAUUGCAACAUCUGUUCGUUUGAAACUCUGUCUCGAGGACUGUUUAUCAUGUUCACUGUCGACUGUCUAAGUCUUUCGGUGCAUAAUACCAGCACCAGCCUGU